AUGGCGUCAUCGCUCUCAGGCAUCUGUUUCAAACCACAGAUACGCACUCAAAACCCAACUCUCCAAAACCCAUCUUCAACCCAGAAAUCCAAUCUUUCUUUUCAGAGCAAGCCCGCCACCAGAUUCUCCGUCCAGGCGGUGGCACGUGAAGUUCACUCGUCAGUCUCCGAUUCCACAAACGACGUUGUCCCCGCCACCAAGUCGAUUUCUUCUUUAUCCGCAAAAUCGGCAAUUUCUCUGCAGAAAGACCCGAAGGAGCUAUGGAAGAGGUAUGUGGAUUGGUUGUACCAGCACAAGGAAUUGGGAUUGUACUUGGAUGUGAGUCGGGUCGGGUUCACCGAUGAGUUCUUCCAAGAAAUGGAGCCCAGGUUCCAGAAAGCCUUCAAGGCGAUGGAGGAGCUUGAGAAAGGGGCAAUUGCCAACCCGGAUGAAGGCAGAAUGGUGGGUCAUUAUUGGUUGAGGAGCCCUAACCUUGCACCCAAAAGUUUCCUAACUAUGCAGAUCGAAAAUACACUUGAAGCAGUUUGCAAGUUUGCGAAUGAUGUCAUCAGUGGUAAGGUAAAGCCACCAGCCCCUCAUGAAAGAUUUACUCAGAUACUUUCUGUUGGAAUUGGUGGUUCGGCUCUUGGUCCGCAGUUUGUUGCUGAGGCAUUAGCACCUGAUAAUCCUCCUCUCAAGAUAAGAUUUAUAGACAACACCGACCCAGCUGGAAUUGAUCACCAAAUAGCACAGCUUGGCCCUGAGCUCGCAUCCACACUUGUUAUUGUCAUUUCAAAGAGUGGUGGUACACCAGAAACUAGAAAUGGAUUGUUGGAGGUACAGAAGGCCUUCCGUGAAGCUGGUUUGGAGUUUGCAAAACAGGGUGUUGCCAUUACUCAAGAGAAUUCCUUGCUUGACAACACGGCAAGAAUUGAGGGUUGGUUGGCUAGGUUUCCCAUGUUUGACUGGGUUGGUGGACGAACUUCUGAAAUGUCUGCUGUUGGGUUGCUUCCAGCUGCUCUACAGGGAAUUGACAUUAAGGAAAUGCUUGCUGGUGCUGCAUUGAUGGAUGAAGCAAACAGGACAACCGUUGUCAAGAAUAACCCAGCUGCAUUGCUAGCGCUUUGUUGGUACUGGGCCACUGAUGGUGUAGGAUCAAAGGACAUGGUUGUCCUUCCUUACAAGGACAGUCUAUUACUGUUCAGUAGAUAUCUGCAGCAGCUGGUCAUGGAAUCUCUUGGGAAAGAGUUUGACUUGGAUGGAAAUCGAGUGAAUCAAGGGAUCAGUGUGUAUGGAAAUAAAGGGAGCACAGAUCAGCAUGCCUACAUUCAGCAGCUCAGGGAAGGUGUACAUAAUUUCUUUGUUACAUUCAUCGAAGUUUUACGUGAUAGACCACCUGGUCAUGAUUGGGAGCUCGAACCAGGUGUUACAUGUGGUGACUACCUGUUUGGAAUGUUACAGGGAACAAGGUCUGCUUUGUAUGCAAAUGGUAGAGAAUCCAUUACUGUUACUGUGCAAGAAGUAACACCUAGAUCUGUGGGGGCGCUAGUUGCACUCUACGAAAGAGCAGUUGGAAUAUAUGCCUCACUUGUUAACAUCAAUGCUUAUCAUCAGCCUGGUGUGGAAGCUGGAAAAAAAGCGGCAGGAGAAGUCCUAGCUCUUCAGAAACGUGUUCUCGCUGUUCUUAAUGAAGCAAGCUGUAAGGACCCUGUUGAGCCUUUAACGAUUGAAGAAGUUGCCGAACGUUGCCAUGCACCAGAAGAUAUUGAAAUGAUCUAUAAGAUCAUCGCGCAUAUGGCAGCUAAUGACAGAGCCCUGAUCGCCGAAGGGUCGUGUGGUUCACCUCGGAGCCUUAAAGUUUUCCUCGGGGAGUGUAAUGUUGACGAGUUGUACGCAUGA